UACCGAUCACAAGAAAAACACUGAAACCCGCUGAAACCAUAACCUGAACAAAGCAUGUAGAUGGAGGCAAUAUAUCCUGCGAAACAUAGGACUUUUUCGAGAAUAUGUGGCCUGAAAUCCCGAGAUCCCGAGGGCCACAGAACUGCUUGUUGAAAUUUUGUGUGGUUUACAAUAUUUACCAUUAGAGCGCUCUCAAAUACAUAUUGAGAUACAGAUAUACAGAUAGUAGUAGCCGGUUGCUAAUAAGGGGUCGGAGUUUAUGUCUGCGGUCAUGUGGUUAACCUCAUGAGUGAUAAGGCAUUUGCAUGAUUGUCAUGUGACAGAGCCAAAGGAAUAUUAAUCUGGUUAUGAAAGCUGUGUGCCAGUGUGAAACGGGGCACAGCAGAAGUCAUAGUGUUUAGAGUAUCAAGUGUGAGAGGAUUCUAAAGGUGCAGAGGGUACACCAUGAGUGGAGAUGCACAUAAGGAAGUACACAACAAACCUUUCAUUAUUGUCGGUCCAAUUGUGCAUUCUGAGGAGAUCACUAAGCUUAAAGUCUUUGAUGGUGGAUUGAUUGCUGCAGUAAAUGGGAAGAUUGUAGCUGUGGAAGAAACUCCAAAGAAUUUGGCCCGAAUACAAAAAAAGUAUUCAGUUACUGAUGGCUGUGUGUAUCAUCUUGAUAAGGGACAGUUUUUAAUGCCAGGUUUAAUUGAUACACAUAUUCAUGCACCACAGUAUCCUAAUGCUGGCUUAGGUUAUGAUAUGCAGCUAUUGGACUGGCUCAAAACCUACACCUUCCCACUUGAAAAGAAGUAUUCUGAUCUGAGUUUUGCUGCAAAAGUGUAUGAAGCCAUUGUGAAGAGGACACUGGCUAAUGGCACCACAACAGCAGUAUACUUUGCAACAAUUCAUGUAGACAGCACGAUUCUCUUGGCAAAAAUUGUGACCCAUCAGGGACAGCGAGCAUUCAUAGGGAAAGUGAAUAUGAAUUAUAAAACCCCUGAAGGUUAUGGAGAAACUACAAAAGAAUCAUACCAGAAGACAGAAGACUUCAUCAAGCAAAUUCAAAAUAUGAAGAAUAAUUUGAUUCUACCUAUUAUAACCCCACGAUUUGCCCUGAGUUGUGACAUGGAGCUGAUGAAGAAACUUGGUGAACUGGCUUCACGCUAUAAUGUGCAUAUCCAGACUCACAUCUCAGAGAACCAAGGCGAAGUUGCAGCUGUGAGAGGAUUGUACCGUGACUGCAAGAAUUAUGCUGAUGUAUAUGACAAAGCCAAACUUCUGACAGACAAAACUGUACUAGCCCAUGGUGUAUACCUUCAUGAUGAAGAACUUGAACUACUUGCUGCUCGUGGUUCAUCAGUUUCACAUUGUCCCAACUCAAACACUUCCCUUAAAAGUGGCCUCUGUGAUGUUCGUAGAUUACUGAAUGCUGGCAUCAAAGUUGGAUUGGGUACAGAUGUAUCAGGUGGAUACAGUCCAUCCAUCUUGGAUGCCAUUCGUAAUACUCUGGAUGUUUCAAUCCACAUUUCCUAUGGAAAGGGCAGCAACUAUGCACCUCUCACAUAUCCUGAGGCAUUCUAUCUUGCAACAUUAGGAGGUGCGAGAGCUGUUGCAUUGGAUGAUACAAUUGGCAAUUUCAAAGUUGGGAAAGAUUUUGAUGCUCUAAUUGUUAAUAUGAAGAAUCUAGGUCCAAUUGACAUCCUAGGAGAGUAUGAUACUGAAGCAUUGGUGCAGAAGUUUUUGUACACUGGUGAUGAUCGCAACAUCAGCAAGGUGUACGUUGCUGGGCGUCAAGUGAAAUGAUCGUACCUGCCAGUCAUAUUCAUGUAUUCUUCACAUCUUGAUAUUAAAUGUAUUAUUGUUAAAAUCGGUGAUUCGUAUAUUAAGAAUGAUCAGGACUUACAGGUCAAGCAAAGUAUUUUGUGGUUUUAUACAGAUGAAUUUUGUAAAUAAUAUGCACAAAAUAAUGAAACGUUUUUGGGGAUUGUUCUGAAUGAAGAAGUGGAGGCCAUUAAAAAGUCCCCAUGGGCAUUGAGGGAAAUAUCCCACAUAUCUUUUUGAUGCAUCAGCCAAUGGAACACUUCCACAAAGAAUUCCUGGAGUGCUGCUGGAACCACUGGUUUACCUUGGCCUUGGUAGCUUCAUCCCACACACAAUAACGGACCUUCAGCACUUUUUUACGUGGCUGAACAUGUGGAAGGUACACAAGGACAGUUCCAGGCUGCAUGGGAGAUGGUCCAGUAUCUUCCAGUGUAUGGAGUGGAGUCUGCCCUGGAAAGUGUGAGCCACUUGGAUAGGCAUUAUUGUGCAACAUGAUGACAAUGCCAGAACACUUUCCCCUGAUAGUGGUACAAACCUCUGUACAUUGAUGGUUCAAUUAUCCUGUGAUUUAAGAGGUUUCAUUUGAACAAGCCUCUUACUACCUUACAGUAAAUGUAUUCUUGUUGAAACCAGUCACUGCUAUAAUGAAAUUAACUGGGUCUCAUAAUUAAAAAAAAUACUUUUUAAAUAAUAAAUACAAAGUAUAGUGUUUAUUGAUUCCUGAAGAUAAUAUUACAUUUUAUUACAGAGAAUGUGUUAACACUUUCUAUUCAAAUAAUUAGUAAGUUACGGAA